UCCUCUUUCUCGAUUCAUAUCACUCUCGACUCUUGUUUCGGAAUUCGCUGAAACCCUAAACCCUAUCCGCCCGACCCAGAGAGCAGCCAUGGCGAGCACCAAAGUUCAGAGGAUCAUGACCCAGCCCAUUAACCUGAUUUUCAGGUUUCUCCAGAGUAAAGCUCGAAUUCAGAUUUGGCUCUUUGAACAGAAAGACGUCAGGAUUGAAGGCCGUAUCAUUGGUUUUGAUGAGUACAUGAAUUUGGUUCUAGAUGAUGCUGAAGAGGUGAGUAUCAAGAAGAAUACCAGAAAGACACUAGGAAGGAUUCUUCUCAAAGGAGAUAACAUAACUCUCAUGAUGAACACGGGGAAAUGAUGACCGAUCUGAGAAGUGUUUAUCCAACAUUCUGAAUUUGGUGGACAUCAAGCUAUUCAGACUCUAUUCUGUAGUGACAUGUAUUAUGGAUACCAAUCAUCUGUAGUAGUGAUUGUAUUCUUGACCUUAAUGGGUGACUGAUUUUUCAUGCAGAGUUUCUUUUAUAUAAUAUGACUCUUCGGUAGGUGGGUGUUUGCAUAAAAAAAACCCCGAGUAUGUUGAUUGUUCAAGUAAAUAUCUGAAUCAUUCUCAAACGUAUGAUAUUGUUUGGAUCAAGCCAUAAAGGUUCUUGUUGAUCCUCGUAUGAGUUGCGUAAUACUUGCUUUCAC